AUGUCUGAACCAUCUCCAGACCGCACUCCAGUACCCGCGUCCGACAACGUGGCAGAAGAACGUGACCAGCGAGCAGCUCAACGCGACUUUAUCGACUCACGCAUCGCAGAACUGGAAGAAGAGAUUCGAAGGUUGAAAAGCGACAGAAACGAGUUGACUGAAAUUGCUCGUCUCCCACCAGAGAUCCUCAGUCAAGUUUUCAUACACUACCAGCAGUUUUGCACGUCCGCGCCAUGGUGGCAUGGAGAGGUCUGGCGCUUUGACUGGACCGAAGUCACACACGUUUCGCGAUUCUGGAGGUCUACAGCCCUGGGCUGUAGGACACUCUGGUCUGACAUUGACACAUGCCUGAAUGCUCCCUGGGCCGUGGCUAUGUUUGAACGGUCAAAACAAUCCCCCAUCUCCUUCAGAUUCUCGGAACGCUCCGCGAGCUCGAAACCCGAAGUCGCCGAUAUCAUCAGAAAGGUGUUCUCACAGCAACAUCGUCUGAAGGGCCUCAACAUAGACGGGUACGACGACUUUGUUUGCCAACAACUCGAGCAAUUGACGUCCCCAACCCCGAUCCUGGAGUGUCUGCAGCUGAGAGCGCCCACCACACGCCCUCAUACCCUGUGGCUGGGAGGCAGCGAGAGGCCGAUGCUUCGAAAGCUGAAGCUGGAAGGAUACAAAUUACCGUCCUGGACGGCCCCUUCGCCCAUGUUUCCCGCCCUCAUUUCGCUCAAGGUGACGUUGCCUCUCAGGCUGGAGGCGGGGGACUCCGUCCCAAGCGCCCAAGACUUCUUCCAAGGGAUUGAAGCCAUGCCAAACCUACGAGAGCUGUACCUUGAGGCCACGACACCUGUCCCCCCUUUGGCAACGCCACGCCGUGUCACCCGCCUCCCGAAGCUCGAAUUAUUUCGAAUUGACGCGUACUCUUUCCGCGAAUUCGAAUAUGUUCUGAGGCACCUUGUACUUCCCUCCCCCUCCCUCUCCUCCAAAUUUGAAUUGUCGAACCUUUCGGAAGACCCUCCCGCCACCGUGGCUAUAGCGGCAUUUGGGGAGGCUAUGUCUCGCACUUUGAGCCCAGUUUACCGUUCUCUCACCGUCCAAUACAACGGCCGCAGAGGAGGAGCAACCAUCCAAUGCCAUUCAACCGUGAUGGAGGACCAUAACGACAUUACCACGCCCACAAUCGAUCAGCCGCCCGACUUAACAAUAAUCCUCUAUUACAGUCGUUUCGUCCACUGUGACAAACUCCUCGCCGCUCUGCCCUUGAACGACGUCCUCACGCUCGACUUGGAUAUCAACCACAGCCCAGAGGUUUUCGAGGCUCUAUCCCACCUACCCUCCGUCCACACAAUUUCCCUUGAAAGACGCCACACAUCCCAAGAUUUCUUCCGCUACAUCUGCAAUAACCAUGCCCUGGACCUACUGCAGUCUGAGUCACAGCCAAGUGAUAACAGCGUCCCAUCCGACUCAUCUUCGAAGCAGAACUUUAAAGCCAGAGCCAGAGGGAACUUACCGAGGCUGAAACACUUUGCGUCGCUCAAACGGCUUGUAGUUAAAUCCGCCGACUUUGGAGAGAUCGAUAUUGAAUCAUUCCUGGAUUGGUUGAUGUUUAGGUACGAGUUGGGUGGGGAGAUUGAGGAGUUACAGUUUAAUGGCUGUUUGAAGUUGUACAAGGACGACGUGCAGCGCAUUGGGGAGGUCGUAGCUUCCGUUACGUGGGACGGGGUGUGGGUAGUGCGCUCUCCUUAUGGCCAUGGGGACAGCGACUUCGAGGACUCUGGGGACAGCGGCUUCGAUGACUCUGAGGACAGCGACUAA